CAUGCGGCAUACUUCACCGCUGACCGGCAUUUAUGAGAGUGAAAUUUACACGUAAUUGGUUUUGUUUGUCACAGCGCAGCGACAGCGAUCUGAAUAUGCACACACAAUUCAUACGAUUAGCUUUAAUAGCAUAUGCUUUAAUCGUCGCAGUGGUUUACGGCGAUAAAGAUAAUAAUAUACGCCGACCACGCGGAGUUUCACUGGCAAAGGCGGCACUUUAUCAGCCGCAGUCGGAUGGCAGCUGGAGCUGCUUGGAUGGUAGCAAACGGAUACCGUUUGUGCAGAUCAAUGAUGACUACUGUGACUGCGCCGAUGGCAGCGAUGAGCCCGGCACCGCGGCCUGUGUCCAAAUGCGUUUCCACUGCAUCAACCAGGGUCAUCAGCCCCUAGAUAUUUACAGUUCGCAUGUGCAGGAUGGCAUCUGUGAUUGUUGCGAUGGCAGCGAUGAGUUGCCUGCCGUGGGUUGUGCCAACACCUGCCUCGAACUGGGCGCCGCAGCGGCCAUCCAGCGACGCAGCGAAGCGGAGCUCCACAAACGGGGCGCCGAGCGACGUCAGGAGAUGAUUACGCGUGGCAAGCAGCUGAAAGCGGAUCGCGUUGCACGUCGUUCCGAGCUGCAGGCACGCAUCAAAGAGCAGGAAUCACUCAAGGCCGAAAAGGAGCAGCUGAAGACAAAUGCGGAGGCCUUGGAAACGGAAGCAUUAGAGGUGUAUCGGGAACAGCAACGGGAACUGGAUGCGAAUACGGCUCAGGCGGAGCAGGAGCCGCAACAGAUGCGACAUGAGGCCAGCUUGAGCUUUGUGCGCUUCGAUGCCAACAAGGAUGGCUUUGUGGAGAUCACAGAACUGAUGAUCGACAUGGAUUUAGAUAAGGAUCGCAAUGGAGUCGUCACCGUUGAGGAAGCCAAAUAUUUCCUCGAUGAACGCGAACGGGUCGAUUUGGACGCAUUCGUUACGCUCGCCUGGCCCAGGAUUAAGCCACUGAAAAUGCUGGCUGAUGGUUUGUUUCAGCCACCCCAAACCGAGGAGCAGGCGGCCACUGAGGCGCCACUGGCCAAUGAGCAACAAGAAGCGCAGUUGGAAAUUGAUCCACCCACCAAUGAGCAUGAGGACCUGGAGGAUGAAGAGGAACACUACGACGAUGAGGAGGACGAGGAGGAGGAACCGGAUGUGGGUGUGGGUGAAGCCCUGCCCGAAUUCGAGGCAACAACAGAGACAACAACAACAACGCCCAAUUAUGAUCCAGAAACACAGCGUCUGAUUGAACAGGCGAAUGGAGCACGCCAAGCGCUGGAGGAGGUGGAGCGUCAGUUGCGAGAGAUCGAGCACGAGGUCAAGGAGAUUGAGGAGCAGGAUGCCAAGGACUAUGGAGUGAACGAGGAGUGGGCAAUGCUCGACGGCGAAUGCUAUACGUUCGAAGAUCGGGAAUAUGUCUACACUUUGUGUCCCUUCGAUCGUGUCUCGCAAAAGCCCAAAAAUGGCGGAGCUGAGACAACUUUGGGUCGCUGGGAUCAGUGGUUUGGCGAGGGAGAUAAUAAGUAUACCCGGCAAAAGUAUGCCCAGGGUGCUGCCUGCUGGAAUGGACCACAACGUUCGGCGCUUGUCAACAUUCGUUGUGCGGUGGAGCCAAAGAUUACGGCUGUCAGCGAGCCGAAUCGUUGUGAAUAUAGUUAUGAUUUUGAGACGCCGGCUGCGUGUGAUAGUGAUGCACUCGCUGCCACAGCCAGGGCACACGAUGAACUUUGAACCCGCUACAAUAUGAUGAAUAAUCUUUUCUUAUGCAAAUCCCGAUUGUAUUCUAGUUUCUAAAGGAGUGCGAAAGAGGUGGAGAGAAAGAGAGAGAGAGAGUGGAGAGUGGAGUGCAGUGUUGCAUUGCAUCGUGAUUUGCUGAUCAUUCCCCAUAGGUGGCGCUCAUCAUCAUUGCACAUCAUUCGUCGUAGACAAUUAUUAAUUUCAGCGCGUGCGUCUUUGCAUUUAAGCCAAGCAAAAAGUUUCAUUUUUUAUUAAAUAUACAAUAUACAUACACUACA